AUGUACAUGUUCGAGUUGGCCACGACGGGGAGCAUAUCGUUUAGCGAUUUCCUUGUCACGACGGAGCUGGUAUCGCAGGUGUCGGAGGCGACGCAACUGCGCGCGCGACUUCGAGGCGUUUUGAAGCAGAAUCGUGCGGGCCAAUCUGGAAGUGUUGGAAAGCACGUCGGUUCCUACAACGAGCAGCGCGGUACGAGUAGCGGCAGCCAAGCCGCUGGUGAUGACGACUGUCGAGCCUCGGCGACGAGCGUCAACGCCGCCGACUGGCUGACCAUCGUCAAGACGAUCGAAGAGUACCUGCCGCAUCUGUUGGGCGUGUUCAACUGUGUGCAGACGGACGAUCUGAUCGUGCGCUACGAACCCGUCUUCUCGUGGCGCACCUCGAUCUCCGGCACGCGCUUCCGUGGCGCCCAACGCAUCGCGCUUGGCGGCCUCCAUUACGAACUUGCGUCGACUCUGCUCACGUACGCACUGGCACUGUCCAACCUGUCCGCCGCCACAGUGGCGUCUCUGGGAUGGUACGAACGCGACCGUUCUCUGUCUCUGGACCAACGCAAGCGCAACGACGAGCGUCUCAAAUGGGCUGCAGAUACACUCUGUCGUGCGGCGGGCAUCCUACUGUACCUCUCGACGCAACUCAUCCCCAAGUGGUCCGAUCACGUAGGCAGUCUCGAUGGAUUGCCACCGGAUCUGACCACCGAGGCCACCCUGGCAUUGAGCAACGUGUGUAUGGCCCAAGCACAGGCGUUGGCCAUUCGCAAGCUCGUCAGUCCAAGUAUAGCCAAAGCGGUGGAUACACUGACGCCCGGCCCGCCGUUGGACAAGAACCACCCGAGUGCGAGUCUGCUGGCCAAGCUGCAUCUGAAUGUGGUCGAGCAGAUGGAAUCGGCUGUGGCACUGCUCAAGACGAUUGCGGACAAGCGCAGGCGCAAGAGCGCCAACCACGCUGGUACGCAGAUCGGCUUGAGUGCCAAUCACGAACACGAGUUGGCGAGCAGGCUGAGUGCGUCACGCGAUCGAGCGGACCACGAGCAUGAUGACGACAUGGUGGAAACCAACCGUGGAGCCGGAGCGCAAGCGACGAGCAAGCGCAAUAAGCUGCUCGGCAGAUUCAAGCUGGGCAGCAGCAAGUCGUCGCCACCACGAAGCGCAUCUGUGCAUUCCGGUCCACACGACGUUGCGCGGUCGUCGGGCCACUUGUCGGCGUCUACUGCAGGUGCGCCUGUUGACUGCGAUGUCGAGAUCUCGUCGUCGCUGCUCAAGUAUCUCGGAUUUGGUGCGGCGUUUCACCGGAGCAUGGCCUACAAGUGGCUCGCGAUAGAUCAUGGCGAGAGCUCGUCGCGCAUCGGCACGGCGAUUGCGUAUCUGUCGCUCUCGAGCGCGCUGCUUUCGUCAUCGACGAUGCGUGAUGGAGCGCCGAGCCAUGCGCUGAUUCCAUCGUCCUUGUUGCUGAACAAGUCGACCAAGUCCGGUAGUGCUGGUGGUGUGGUCGAGCAAGAACUUGCCACUGUCACACACUGGCUAGUGUCGUACCGCAAGCUCAACGAUACUGUCGCGUUCCAGCGUGUGCCAGCGAGCGACGAGGUGACAAGCAACGUCCCAGCCGGCAGACCGGCGUUAGGCGCCAAGCCGUAUACGCUCCCGAGCCCCGCCUGGGGCCCAGCCAGUGCCGGCUACAAGGGCAGAGGACAUGCGCUCCACCUCGCAUCCGAGACACUCCAUCUGCUCGAUGAGCACCACCCUGCUCGACGCGAGCUGGUCGGCAUCCACGCCACAGACGCCGAGACCCAUGCAACCGCCCAUACGCACUACGCUGGUCACGGCGCGUACUACUGA